AUGGACAGUGGGACACACAAUAUGCUCAUCACCUCUCCAAAUGUUAUGGAUUACAGAUUCGAAGCUGCUCUGUCUGAGGGAACAACUGCUGUGGAUAACUUACUAAGCAGUGAUGAUAUUCAUUAUAUGCUUGGUGCCCUUAGAACUCUCGGGCUUCAUGUGGAGGAAGAUAUAGCUAACCAACGAGCAAUUGUUCGUGGCUGUGGUGGCCUAUUUCCAGUCUCGAACGAAGCCAUAAAUGAAGUUCAGCUUUUCUUAGGCAAUGCGGGCACUGCUAUGCGUCCAUUAACUGCUGCAGUUGUUGCUGCUGGUGGAAACUCAACGUAUGUACUUGACGGGGUUCCUCGCAUGAGAGAGAGGCCCAUUGGAGAUUUAGUUACGGGACUUAAGCAGCUUGGUGCUGAUGUUGAUUGCUUUAUGGGCACAAACUGUCCUCCCGUUCGUGUUGUUGGAAAAGGUGGCCUUCCCGGGGGGAAGGUCAGUCUUAAAUUCAUUUGA